UCCUUCCCCACCAGGGACGAAGUCUCCUUGUUGUAUACACGCCGCUCCCGACAUCUCCGCAGCCACAGCCUGCAUCCAUCCUUUCCGGGCGGCAGAAUGGACCAGAAGGAUGCCAGUUACGUGGCAUGUGCUCUGCGCGAAACGGAGGAGGAGAUCGGUCUGCCAGGCCACCGCGUCCAAGUGUGGGGCGAGGCGAUGGUCAUCCAUUUACCGCGCACUUCGUCCAUUGUCCCGGUUGUUGGUGUGAUUCCCGACUUCGACAUGGCCGAGCUGCGCCUGAACCACGACGAAGUGGAGGAGGUCUUCACCGUGCCGCUCAAUUCAAUGAUCCAGCCCCAGGCCACCCGGCACACUCAGUUCCGGAGCGGCUACAGCAUACCCGCGUUCCAGGUGGAGCCGCGUCGGGUGUGGGGCAUUACCGCCUACUUGACGAACCUCUUCCUGCACAGCCUCCUGCCCGCCAGCCUGCGGCCCGACUGCCUCAAAAACAAUGUCCAGUUCGUGAGACCCUUUAAGACGCCGUGGUUGGCAGCUCGUAACCGGAACCAGGUGUCGGAUAACUCGAUGCGGGAUUAGUCUG